CGCAUUCUAUGACUUUUCAUGGAGACUCUUGGGGAGCCCCAUUCCUUAAAGCUACGCAUCCCCUGCUGAGUGAGACCCUACCCCACCCCCACAGGCUAGGCAGCCCCAUCCUCAGCAUCCUCCUCCUGAGCCAACGAAGUGAUCACUCAGAGACCACCUGUGACUGGCGGUGGGCCAGCCGAAGGCCAGGAGGGAGCCGGAGGUGGAACCCGACCAGGGGAGGUUGGAGCUGGACGGCGCUCCUUGCCCGGCAGAUGUCGCGGACUCGCAGCCCGGGAGUUCUCGCUCCCGGCGUUUUACCAAGCUCAAGCCACUGCGCCCUCUGUCGGCGAGUAGCCAGCGGAAAUGCGAGGCCGGAAGUUGCGUGAUCUGCUGGCGCCGACAAGCGGCGUGGUGAGAGACCUUGCGGAGCGUUGGGGUGCUGCUAUGGCUUCCAGUGGGGCCGGCGUGAUCGCUGCGGGCUCGGCAAAUGAAGCUCCCGAAAUCCCAGACAACGUGGGAGACUGGCUUCGGGGCGUCUACCGCUUCGCCACCGAUAGGAAUGACUUCCGCAGGAACUUGAUCCUCAAUUUGGGACUCUUUGCUGCCGGAGUUUGGCUGGCCAGGAAUUUGAGUGACAUUGACCUAAUGGCACCUCAGCCUGGGGUGUAGCCGUAAAGACACAUGGAACCCCUGUGCUGUACUCGAACCUUCCAAAAACAGAGCCUCCGAUCUGUGACCGUCACAAGACUUGCCCUGAUGGCGGCCGAAGUUUGAUUCAGAUGGGCACCUUUGCUUCCCUGCUUGAUUUCCUUUUCUUUGCUGAGUCCACUCAGAACACCCUUCUCUGGUCAGCAGGUAGGGUUCAGCUAAAGUGUUGUCCUGUGUUCUGUAAAGUUCUGUACAUAGUUCCAAAGUUUCUGCAGGGGAUGAUCUUUGCUCUUGUCCUGAGGAAUAUUCUAAUGGUAUUUUAACAAAUAAAGACUGUACACAAAGACA